AUGGUUCAUCUUGAAGACGGCAAAAAGUACGUCAUCGUCAACGCGGCGAACCACCAGCUCGCGUCCUAUGGUCGCGGCGACGAGCUUCCAGGAGGAUGGCUCGUCACUGAGCCUCGGAGCGACAGAUACGAGUCGGAGUUCGUAGCCAAGGCUGUUCCUGGUGACAAAUGGAAGUUCAUGCUCGUCGACAAGUCUGGCAUGUGUCUGGGCUUCCGCGGCUCUGUGCCUGAGGAAGGCAUCAAGCCCGUGUGUGUAGUCAAAGAUGAUGGAGGUGCCCACACGGAAUGGCAGGUCGAUCCUUCGAGCGGACCAAAUCACUACGAAAUUCACAUGUCUACUGACUCGGGUCAUGUGUGUUGGACAGUACCAGCAGGUGCCCCACAAGGAGCAGUGGUGAGUGAGGCGACUUGUGAAUCAGAGCGAGGACUAAAGAGACACGGGGAUAUAGGUUGGCUGCUAGAACAGGAUGGCUCGUUUGGACAGCAGUGGAUCUUUGGAAUCCCGGUUGACGAGUAG